UAUUUCGGUCCCCUCGGGAAAGGGAAGGAGCUCGGGAGAGUUGUUCUCUCUCCUUUCUUCCCACCCUCGGGCGCACUCGAGGACAGUCAUUGUGGGGUACUUCCCAAAAGGACGGUGUGGAUUCUGCAUGCCCCCCCCCGAAUUUCUAGUCUCACUUUUCCCCUUCUGUAUCUUAGCAACGGAGUUUGCUCCUCCUAAAAGAUAUUUCUCUGUACAAGGUUGCCUGUCCUCCUCUUCCUUGAUCUUUUGCACCUUCCCCCCAAAUCCGCUGAAAUCUGUCAGUUUGCAGUCACUGUACUUGCCUUUUGAUUCACCCAUACAUUCCUCCCUCAGUUUGGUUAUUUUAAUUAACUGUCCUCUUCAGGUACUUUUUGUUAAGAGCAAAGUGUUUUUGUUUCGUUGCAAUUUGCCCAGGUUUUUGGAGUAUUUGGAUCUAAGAAAGGGGUUCUGUGGAGAGAAAGGUUUAGAAAGUUGGAAGGAGGAUUAAAUGCUGCCUUGUAGUCUGCUCUUGCCUGCAUGCCUCUUUAGAAAUACUCCAAAAUGAAUUCAGUAGUUUACUCUUUAGUCUGCAUGUAUCGCUGUUUGUGCGAAGAGAUGUUAUAGAACUUCAUUAAAAUUAUGUGUAGUGUGGAGAAAUUGUCUGAUUUCUUUUGAAAAAACUGAAAAAAAGUUUAUUUCUCUAAUCGUUUGUAAUGUUGGGAAUUUUUUUUUCCUGUUUAAUUAACAGAGCCAACCAAAGUUCCAGAUCAGCAGUAGGGUUAGGACAAACCAGAAUAACAAUUCUGCAGGAGAAUAAAAUAAAUAUAUGCAAUUAAUUGCUUACAAUAGCUUACAUGGAUUUAUAAGAAAAAUGUUCAUAAAGAAACAAUUUUAACAAAUGUAGAAAUAGUGUAAAUGCUAUUGAAUAAUGAAGCAUCAGCCUUAUUGCCUUCAUGAAAAUAUUUGAUUAGCCACAGUUGAAGCUCGACUGCAUGGAAUUCUGUUGUUUCACUUUGGCUUUUCUUAUUGUUGGACAUCUGAACAUAGAUCUGGUCUGGAAUCAGGAUAUGGGAGCAGGUGUAUAUGAGGGAAAGGAAAAUUUGAUAAAAAGAUUUUAAAUUUCCUUUUUUUAAAAAAAAUGAACUUUGAAUUGUAAUAUAUUUAAACUAUAUUUCCUAAAAUUAGAAAGUCACAUAAUUAAUAUGGUUUAUCACUUCACUUCAUGGUAAAAAUAUUCUAUUUUUUAAAGUCUAUGGCUUCAUAAAUUAUAUACAUAGACUAGAGCAGGGGUGUCAAACUAAUGUUGUCACGGCAUCACAUGACGUAUCAGGACUUUUUCCCCCCCUUCGCUAAACCGCGUGUCUGCGUGGCCAGCACAUGACGCAUCUGGCCCACAGGCCGGGAGUUUGACAGUCAUGGACUAGAGCAACAUGGAAAGGCUAUUCUGUACAUUUUAAGAAACUUUGCUCAGAAGAAUCUGUACAACAUCUACGGUAUUCCUACAAUGGAUUCAUGAGGGUUGCUCCACCUGCAACUGGAGCCAUCAUGGAGAAAAGUGGGAACAUUCAGUUGGAGAUUCCUGAUUUCAGCAAUUCUGUUUUGAGCCAUCUUAACCAGCUUCGCAUGCAGGGCCGGCUGUGUGACAUUGUGGUUAAUGUGCAAGGCCAAGCCUUUAGGGCGCACAAGGUAGUGCUGGCUGCUAGCUCACCUUAUUUUCGAGAUCAUAUGUCACUCAACGAAAUGAGCACAGUCUCCAUCUCUGUUAUCAAAAAUCCCACUGUGUUUGAGCAGCUCCUUUCUUUUUGCUACACAGGGAGAAUAUGCCUCCAGCUUGCUGAUAUAAUAAGUUACCUGACAGCAGCUAGUUUUCUACAAAUGCAACAUAUAAUAGACAAAUGUACACAAAUCCUGGAGGGAAUUCAUUUCAAAAUUAAUGUGGCUGAAGUUGAAAUGGAAUUGAGCCAAACAAGAGCAAAGCAUCAAGAAAGGCCCCCAGAAUCUCAUCGAGCUUCCCCGUCUCUAAAUCGUUCUCUGAGUCCUCAUCAUAGCACUCCAAAAGGCAGCCGUAUGGGCCAAGUUAGUACAGUUCUGGAUAUUCGGGAACUGAGUCCUCCUGAGGAGUCUACAAGUCCUCAAAUAAUUGAACAGAGUUCAGAUGUGGAAAGCCGGGAACCCAUACUGAGGAUUAAUAGGGCAGGUCAAUGGUAUGUAGAGACAGGAGUGGCAGACCAUGGUGGGCAGGGGGAUGAUGAUGUUAAAGUCCUUGGAGCAGUGCGAAUCAAAACAGAAAACUUGGAGGAGUGGCUGGGGGCAGAGAAUCAGCCAUCUGGAGAAGAUGGGAGCAGUGCUGAGGAGGUCACUGCCAUGGUGAUUGAUACAACAGGACAUGGAUCAGUGGGACAAGAAAGUUACGCUUUGGGCUCAUCAGGAACAAAAGUGGCCAGGCCAACCAGCACUGAAACAGACAGAUUUAGCCCUUCUGGUAGUGUGGUUACUGUAAAUGAUCGGUACAGGUCAAAAAGUGAAUCUCCAUGGCGGAUGGAUGAACCUAAGCAGCCCAGUUCCCAGGUGGAGGAGUCAGCUAUUGUUGGAGUAAGUGGCUAUGUAGAAUAUCUCCGUGAACAGGAAGUUUCUGAACGGUGGUUUCGUUACAACCCACGUCUGACUUGCAUCUACUGUGCCAAAUCCUUCAACCAGAAGGGUAGUCUGGACCGGCACAUGCGACUUCAUAUGGGCAUCACACCUUUUGUUUGCCGGAUGUGUGGCAAAAAGUAUACCCGCAAGGAUCAGUUGGAGUAUCACAUCCGGAAACAUACAGGCAACAAGCCCUUUCACUGCCAUGUCUGUGGGAAGAGCUUCCCCUUCCAGGCUAUCCUCAACCAGCACUUUCGUAAGAAUCACCCCGGCUGUAUGCCACUGGAGGGAUCGCACAGCAUCUCUCCAGAGACCACUGUCACCUCCAGAGGGCAAGCCGAGGAAGAGUCUCCUCUUCGGGAAGAAACUGGUCUGGCUGGGGAAACGGCACAGGGAUCUGUAUCAACUACUGGGCCAGAUUGAGACCAGAUGCCCAGUGGAUCAGGGGAUCUUCUGUAGGAUAAGCAAACCCCACUGGGAUGGUGAGCUCCUAUAGUUGGUUGUGCAAUGUUGCCACUGGACGAAGACACUCCUGAGAGGUUGCCAAAACAGAAAAGAUUCAGUACUGUAACUAAAGUGCUUAUGGUUUCCCUUAUUUUUCUCCAUCUCCUUGGAAAGGAGAAAACAAAAACUGGGUCAACUAGCCUCUGAUUCAGGGAUUAACAACUUCGGAGGGGUGGGCUGUUUUGUUUUGUUUUUAAGUAUUCAGUAGUGAACAAGGAGAAAUAGAUUUUUCUCAUUUCUUGGCAACAGAUCCUGUGGGCCUAUGGACUGCAGAGAUCUAGCUAUGUGUACGCAGAGCAUCAGCAUCUGUAUUUAUCAAAAUCAUUAUACCUCCAUAAGAUACAUGGGGUCAGGAAUUGGUUUUUGUUGUUUUGUGCCCCACUCUUAUUUCCCAGGUAAUUCUUUUUUGAGAACAAUGGCUGUUGUACUAUAACCAACCAUGCCUAAGUGUAUUUUAUCUCAUUUUCAUUUGAUGUAUCUUUUAAAAAAUUGACCCAUUACCUAAGGGCUUUUAUUAGGGGGAGGGGGCUUGCCAUUUCAACAUGUGUGGCCUUGCCUGUUUGUUAUAAGGCUAGCAAUUUUUUGAGCAGUAUUUUAAAGAUUACACAAUAUUUAAGUAAUUAAGCUACUGAAAAAGAAGGCAGUAACUGCAGUAUGAGGUUCUGCCAUCUUUGAAUGAUAUUUUCAGUUGUGAAAUAUGGGUAGUGCAGAACAUGUCACAAUUCUUACUUGUUCUAUGUGUGCUGCAAAAACUGAAAAGUAGAUUUCUAGUUAUGAUGAAUUUUUAAAACAGUGGCUUUUUCCAAAGGUCAUCCUUUGCCUCUCAUGCACUUGAUCUAAUGAAACAGCAAUAUUUAUAUAUCAAAAUAGAUGGAUAUCGGUGGAAGAAGAAAUCCUGUUUGUCUUUGUUUCCCUGUUUGAUAUUUUUAUAUGAAAAACAUGCAAAAAACAUGCUCCUACAAUUCAGUGGGGUAAAAGCUCCCAUUUCCUGUAAGCAAUGAAAACUUUUCCUUUACACUUCUAUAAUAUUUCACAUAUGAAGUUGGGGAGAUCUCACUUUCUCUCUCUCCUCUCUCUCUGCCAAAUCCAGCAAAUAUGCAUCUCAUGUUUCUUAAUAUUCUGUUUAUAACUAAAAGGUUACAUGUGCAGGAGAGCAAAUAUUUCAAAUAAGUGUCUUACAUUUGCAAAAUAAGUUCUAGUGGUAUUUAGUAGCAAUGCUGUAGAAUAAAGGUGAAGAGUUGGCAUAAUGCUAAUAUUAUAGAUUAUACGGAGUUAAAAUGGCUGAAGCAAAACUUAUAGGAGAAAGCUUGAGAUGUGGUGGAGCCACGAAAUGAAUGGAGAGAGGAAUUAUAAUGUUAUGGUAAAGAAAGAAACAGCUUUUUGGUGAACAUGCUUAGAUUUGUAUAAUAUUAGUAUUUCGCCAAUCUUGCCUUCUUACUCCAUGCAUUUCUUGCUUCUAAAAAUGAAACUCUUGAUUAUGCUCGCAGGAAGAAUGAAAAUUGUUCGAAGCUCUCCCCUUUCCUCCCGAUGUGUGCAUUUCUUUUUUAUGUUAACUGAGGAAUUUGUUCCAUUCCCCAAUUCAUGAUAAAGCAAGCAGUGAUUUUUCUUUGUGAUCACAAAGAUACACAGAUUCAAAACUCAUUGAAAAGAUUAACUCAUACUUGUUUAAGAGUUUGACAAGAUUCUCCCAAAGCCACACACACAUGUUUCUUCUGGAUGAAGUAGGGAGGAUAAUAGAUGUGAAUAUAUCUAUCUAUAUGCUGCUUUAAUCAUAACUUUCAAAUCUACCAAAAAGAAACAAUUUACACUAAAAAGAAUUGGAAAAUAUUUCUAGUUAGUUUAUAACAAAGUUUUUAAGCAUUUAAGAAUAGAAUUUUAAAAAUGUUACCAAACUUGUAAGGCAUACAUUUAUUUAUCUACAAGUAUGAUAUAAAUAUAUAUAUAUAAAUAUAUAUAAAUAUAUAAUUAUAAUGGGAAUAUUUCUUUGCUGAAUUGAUGACGGUGUAGCAUUUCUAUAUAAGAGUUUCCUCCAAAGCAGAAUGCAGCAAAAGUCCAUACAUAUUAAGGGGGCAAAGAGUUGUAAUGGAUUGUUGAAUGUGGCAUUUACAGAGCUGUGAGUUCCUUUUGGACUGAUACUGUGAACAGAGGAGUGACCAAGUAAUCCAGGAUUGUGUCAUCAGUCAUUACCUGCUUGCUGGUAAACUCCUCUUUAUUUAGCCUGGCCAGAAUCACUGAGAAUUUCUUGCCUCUUAGCCCAGGCUUCGUUUUAAAAGAAAAAUAAAGCUUGUGAAAUGUGCUUUUAGUUGCAGCCAUUGAAAAAUGUCAUUUUUACUUGCAUGCAAAUGAGCCAAUAUUCUUGCCUGUCUUCUUUUGAACUGGGUUUAUAGCUUUAGUUAUCCAGUCAGCUUAUUCAUACAAAAGGCUAUAUUAUGAGAAAAAGCCUGUAAGAGGCUUGUGCCAGCAAUCUUCCCAGUCCUUUCUUUCAAUAUGCCCGGAGGAGUUGGGAAACGUUUAUUUCCUUUUAUAAGCAAAACAGUUUAUUUUGAAAGCUGGACCCAGACAAAUGUGAACUUUAGGUAUGAUUCAUUCAUUGAAGCAGACAAAUUCAAAUCACAACUUGUGAAGGUUGAUUUAUUUCAACAAACCAUAAUUACAGUUAACUAUGGGUUUAUGUUCAGAUAAUAUUACCUCUGGAUGCAAUCAUGAUGUCCAAUGAGACCAGGAUUCAAUAUUUUGUUUGUGUGACUGUGUGAAGGUGCAUGUGUGUGUACAUGCAGAAAAUGAUCUUGAUCUGUGACUUUACAAAAUAUAAGAGCUGCCAAAAUA